AUGGCAGCAGAAGACGAGAAGAAGCCAACGGCCGCUGAGAAGGGCAAGGGAAAGGCGACAAAUGGCGACGCAGAGCAGAAAGAAGUACAGAAAGAUAAGGAUGGCAAGCCAAUAGACGACAAGAAAGGCGCGCCCGCUGUUGAGGAGCUCAGUGAGGAGGACCAACAAUUGAAGAGCGACUUGGACAUGUUGGUCGAGCGGAUAUUGGGACCGGAUUCAGAUCUCUACAACCCAGCGCUCGAGAAGAUCAAAGAGUUCAUCAAAACGGCUACAAGUUCGAUGACGGCGGUGCCGAAGCCACUCAAGUUCCUACGACCACACUAUGAGAGCUUGGAAAAGGCUUACGACUCGUGGCCGGCGGGCGAGAACAAGAAUUCCUUUGCCGACAUGCUGUCCGUACUUGGAAUGACGUAUUCCGACGAGGACCGACUCGACUGCUUGAAGUAUCGUCUGCAAGCGCCCUCUUCAGAUCUCGGCUCAUGGGGCCACGAAUACAUGCGCCAUCUUGCGCUCGAGAUCGGCAGAGAAUUCCAGAAGCGUUUGAACGAUGACAAGUCUACAGACGACAUCACGGAUCUCGCCCUUGCGCUAGUGCCCUUCUUCCUGAAGCACAACGCCGAUGCCGAUGCGGUCGAUAUCCUGUCCGAGUUGGAGAUGAUCGACCAGAUCGAGAAGUAUCUGGACGCGGACACAUACGGCAGGGUGUGCUUGUAUAUGGUCAGCACGGUACCCCUCCUCACAUACCCCGACAACGAUAAGUUCCUCCGCACAGCGUACCAAGUCUACCGGAAAUAUAAGCAGUAUACCCAGGCUGUGGUCCUCGCGAUACGGUUGAACGACCGCGAGUUGAUCGAAGAGACUUUCAACUCAACGGAUGACAAGGCGACAAGGCGACAGAUGGCUUUCCUUAUUGCCCGACAACGGAUAUGGUUCGAUGUGUCGGAAGACGACGACCCUGAACUGCAAGAGUGCUUAAGCAACACUCGUCUAUCGGAUUACUUCAAGGCGCUUGGCAAAGAGCUCAAUGUGCUCGAUCCCAAGACUCCGGAUGACAUCUACAAGACCCACCUUGAGAGCAGCAGGACGGCAGGCCUCACCAACACCGACUCGGCACGCCACAACCUCGCCUCCGCGUUUGUCAACGCCUUCGUCAAUGCUGGUUAUGGUAACGACAAGUUGAUGUUAAACUCAGAUAGUAAGAAUAGCUGGGUCUGGAAGACCAAGGACGAGGGCAUGCUCUCGACUUCUGCGUCGCUGGGUAUGCUCAUGUUGUGGGACGUUGAGAUGGGUCUUGAUAAGAUCGAUCCCUACACCAACGUCGAUGAAGAUCUCGUCAAGGCCGGUGCUAUGCUUGCUACGGGUAUAUUCAAUUCUGGUGUGCGGAACGAUUCCGACCCCGCCAUGGCCCUGCUCGGUGACGAGGAGAACCUCUCGCACAAGAAUGUCAACGUGCGGGUAGCCUCUAUCAUGGGUCUAGGUCUCGCAUAUGCCGGAUCAAAUAAGGAAGAGCUCCUUGAGAUUCUACUUCCCAUCGUGACCGACACAAGCCUAGACAUGCAGCUCUCCGCCAUGGCAGCUUUGGCUUUGGGUCUUAUCUUUGUUGGUUCGGCUCACGGCGAGGUGACUGAUGCUUUGAUGAACACUCUGUUGGACGAGGACCGGUCAAAGCAGCUUAAGGACAAGUGGACGCGGUUUAUGGCUCUCGGUCUUGCCCUGCUGUUCUUCGGGCAGCAGGAAGAAGUCGAUGUCAUUCUGGAGACGCUCAAGGCUCUUGAUCACCCCAUGUCGAAGCCUACAUCUGUUCUUGCCGAAGUCUGCGCGUGGGCGGGUACCGGCAACGUGCUGAAGGUGCAGCAAUUGCUCCACAUCUGCAAUGAGCACAUCGAAGAGGAGGACGAGGAGAAGAAGGGUGACGAGCUGCUGCAGUCGUAUGCUGUCAUCGGCUUAUCAUUGGUGGCCAUGGGAGAAGACGUCGGACAGGACAUGAUCAUACGCACUUUUGGUCACCUGAUGCACUACGGCGAGGCUAACAUCCGGAAAGCGGUACCUUUGGCAAUGGCCUUAAUCAGCCCCAGCAACCCUCAGAUGAAGGUUUAUGAUACUCUUUCGCGGUACUCCCACGACAACGACAACGAUGUCGCCAUCAAUGCUAUCUUCGCUAUGGGUCUGGCCGGCGCGGGUACCAACAACGCCCGUCUUGCACAAUUGCUCCGACAGCUCGCGAGCUACUACCACCGCGAUCCUAACGCACUCUUCAUGGUUCGCAUAGCGCAGGGUCUCUUGCACGCAGGCAAGGGCACGCUAUCAAUGAACCCCUUCCAUACCGACCGACAAGUCCUCUCGCGCGUCGCCGCUGCAGGCCUUCUCACUGUCCUUGUCUCCCUCAUCGACGCGAAGCAGUUCAUCGUUGGCGACGCACAUUACCUACUCUACUUCCUGGCUACAGCUAUCUCCCCACGGUUCCUCAUAACGCUCGACGAGGAACUCAAGCCACUCACAGUCAAUGUGCGUGUGGGCCAAGCCGUCGACAUUGUUGGCCAGGCCGGUCGUCCCAAGACGAUCACUGGGUGGCAGACACAGAGUACGCCUGUGCUGUUGAGCCAUGGCGAGAGGGCAGAGUUGGAAGAUGAGAAGUACUUGAGCUUGAGUAAUGUACUGGAGGGCGUAGUGAUAUUGAAAAAGAACCCCGAGUGGGAAGAUUGA